AUGCGUGAUGCUAUCAUUGGACAUGGCAACUUACAUGAAAGCGGGAUGUUUCUAGAUGAGAUUUUGGCAGAAAAUAUCAUCCUGCCUAAACCAGACAAAACAGGUGUUACCAAAGCUUCCUAG